GCCGUUUUCCACUAGGCGAAUUUAUUCGCGCGAAGCGACUUUUUUCGAGCAUACGCAUGCGUAUUUAAAUUCUCGCACAGAAGCUCAUUCGCGGUGACUGUUCGCAGCAGCGAAAAAGUGAGUUCGAAUGGAUUCAACUUUUUCGCGGCGAAGAAAGGCGCAAGCCAAUUAAUUUGCUGGAAGCCUGUCAUGUGACAUCCAUGACCAAAAGUCGCGCCAAAACAACAGCAGCAGAAAGAAAACAUGGCUGCAAUGACACUGAAUCUCUUACAACAAAUGAUGGCAAAUGGAGACAUAACUGUGGCUGACCUUGCCAGUUUAGCAAAUACCAACAGUCAACAGGAACUCUACAACCACGAAGACAAUGCUGCCACGCCAGGCUCCGUUGAUGAGACAGGUUUUGAGGAGACAGAGACGAUCGUCUCUGUUGUCACCACCACCCCCGAGAACAACCUACAAGGCCUAGACCAGUACAAUGGCGAAGAACUACUUGCAGCUGAAUUCGACAAAGAAGUAUUUUUGGAAGAAGUCCGCAAGUACAGAUGUUUGUGGGAUAUUGCUUCCGAAGGAUACAAAAUUAGGCCCAUGAAGCAAAACGCAUGGUCAAAAAUAGGCCAGUUAUUCAACAAGGACGUGGAAUUUCUUCAGAGGCAUCUAAAAAAUCUAAAGGACAACCUGAAAAAAUGUUUGGACAAGAGGAACCGGAUGACUAGGUCUGGUGCUGCUGCAAGUUCAUUGACUAAAUGCAAGUACUUUGAACAAAUGAGAUUUCUGCAUGAAAAAACAGCAAACAGGCCCACAGAAAGCAACAUUAUUCAAGCUGAAACAGCUUUGCAGUCUGAAGAUGUUUUGGACGGCCCAUUAGCCCCUCAGAUAUCAGUAAGGCCAGUUGUUCUGAGUGGUACAAAAAGGAAGGCAAGUGACACACCAUCCUCUUGUGGUAGUCAAGGGUAUAAGAAUCGUCAAGAAAGAUUUGAUAAUGCAAUCCUGAAAGAAUUGGAAUCCACAAAUAAUGCAAUCAAGUCAGUUGUCACUACUGAUAAUGAGGAUGAAGUUUCUCUGUAUUGCAAAAGCAUCAUUCCAAUAAUAUCAUCUUUUUCAGUUAAAAAGAAACGAUUAGCUAUGAUCAAAGUCAGCCAACUGUUGUUUGAACUUGAGUUUGAACAUGAAUAAUAUUAUGUAAGGUUAACUUAUUAUGGAUAUGUAACAUUUUUAUUUUGAUGUCUAUACACAUUUGUAAUUCUGUUCUUACUUGCUUCAUUCUUUUAUUGUCUGUCCUGAAACCACUCAUGUGGAUUUGCAGUUCGACUAACCAAUUCAUUUUGCCAUUCAACUGCGCCCUCGUUGGUAAAGUAGUUUUUAUAUCCAUGUCUUACAGAAGCUGCAUCUUUAGAGUAGUUAUUUGAACCACUUUGAGAAAUUGGUCGAAGGCUACCAAAAUCAGCUCUGUUUUGUCUCCAUUCACCAGCCUCAAACCCUGAUGGUCCAUCAUGGUCAACAAAGUUUCUUGGGCAAUAUUAAUUGUUUGUUGAUGAAUUUUUAAACAUCAGUAGAUUGUGCAGUGCAACAAUAGCUUUUGUGAUAAGUAUUACUUUGCUAACAUUGGCAAUGAUUGGUCUU